UUGAAGAAAGAAAAUCGCCAUCAGCAAGAAAUCCUCUCCAGACAACUAUUCAUUGUCGAUACGACGAAUGAAACGAAAAUUUUUGGUGAAAUUGCUGGUUGUUUUGAUAUAAAUAAAUUCAAUAAACUAAAAAAUUUGAAUAAUUCUCAUUUUCAAAAUUUUAUUCCAUGCUUUUGCCAAUUGUUGCAUAAUAAUUUUGUGAAUAUAAAAUGCUUAUAUGGAUCGAAAUUAGACGAUUUAAAGCAAGCACUUCGCUCAACGAUUAAUGCAAAUUUUAUAGCAAAAGAGGUUGUGUCCUCUCUAUCCGGAAAGUUUGAUUAUUUAAAAGUUCUGCGGCAAAUUUAUUCGUCAAAAUUUGUUGCUUUAGAAAAUUGCUACCAAAAGAUUGCAUUAAAAAUUGAUGAAAACGCUUUCAACGGACAAGAAGAAAAUCUCGAAGAAAUCUAUAUCGAGAAAUGUAACCUUGAUGAAACAAUAGUCAAUCGGCUGCCAACUUUACUAAAAAAGUUUUAUUUCAAAAAUUUUCAGCUAAAAAUGCUCAAUUUGGCAGCAAAUUUUAUCGAAACAGUCGAUAAUGAAACAUUUUCACAAUUGAAAGAUUCCUUGGAAAUAUUAAUUAUCGGCGAACAUAAUUAUAUUAAUGAAACUGUAUUUAACGAAAUCUCAAAAUUAACUGAAUUAAAGAUUUUAGAUUUAAGUAAAGCAGACGGCAUUCUAGAAAUUCCAAAUGGAUUGUUUGCAGAAUUAAAUAAAUUAGAGACACUCCUUAUGAUUGGAUGCAGCUUAACAAAAAUAAACAAUGGAACUUUUCAAGGACUUCAUAAUCUAAUUGAGUUGGAUCUCCGUAUUAAUCUUAUCGAUGAAAUCGAAUGUGGAAGUUUCCGAGCAUCCGAAAAACUUCGGAAACUGUCAUUAGGUGGCAAUUAUUUAAACACAACGAAAAACUGCACUUGGAAUGGAUUGCAUGAACUUGUUUCGCUUGAUUUGGGAUGGAACGAGUUGGCGAUUAUCGAUAAUGUUUCUUUUACUCCACUAAGCAAAUCGCUAACGGUGCUUGAUUUACGGCAUAACACGAAAUUGAAUUCGCUAUUUAUCCAUCUUAUUUCUCUAAAGGAACUCGAUUUAAAUACGGCAAAAUUAAAUACAAUCGAAUCAGAUAGCUUCAAAUAUCAAGCAAAUUCUUUAGAAAAACUUGAUCUAUCAAAUAAUAAUUUAAAAACUUUGCCAGUCGAUGCGUUGAAAUCCUUAAAACAUUUGAAAUAUCUCGAUUUAUCAUCUAAUAAAUGGAUUUGCGAUGAUAGACUGAAAAAAGGAAAUACAUGGCCGUCUGAAAAAAACUUGAAAAGAGCGGAAUCAGGCGACGAAUUCAAAUUAGUAAACGCCAAACUUACUUUAUGCGAUCGACCCUAUUCAUUAAAAGGGGAAAUUAUCACUGACGUUGAGGAUAAUUUGUUAUUGCCUUACGAUUCAUUCGUUGACAUAACAACGACAGUGAUAAUGAUUGCAACAAAUAAUAAUAUAUCGGUGGAGAAUGAUACGUCUGAAAUCGACGACUCACUUUAUAAAGCAGAAAGUUUUAUCAGUUAUUCAAACGAUAAUUUAACAAUCGCAUUUAUUUUAUUAGUGUCCAUCACUGUCGUUAGCAUUGCAAUUAUUGUCGCAGUUGUUCGAUUUAUAAAAGUUAGCCGUCUUCAAGUUCGAAUAAAUAACAAUUUUCGAAAGUUAUUUUAA